ACGAGGUUUGGAGUCGAGGCUCAGGCAUGGCCUCUCUCUCUCUCCUCCCCACCCCGAGAAACUAGCCGUUGUGAGGACUCAAAUUCUCCCGCGUCUCUCCCAUGGCACUGAGAUUACUUCCCUCUCUUAUUUGCAGGAUUCGAUUUGUUUUGAAGAAGGAAGAAGACGAAACCGAAGAAGAAGAAGGAUGAAGAGGGCGGUUGCAGAAUUGGGGGUUGGAAGAAGCAUGUCUUUUUUGUUCUUCCUCUAGAAGAGGAGAGAAGGGGGAGGUUGGGGUGGGGGUGGGGUGGAGGAGAGGAGAGAGAGAGAUGGGGACAAGGAUCCCCGUGCAGCACUACAAUAUCAGGUCCGCCGGCUCCUUCAUAGGAAGCCCCCUGCACGAUCUCAACACGGUCGACGCGAGGCCUGGAGGCAUCAAACGGAUAGGAGCGGUGGAGCGUGAUGCCGUCACGGAGGAUAGCUUGGACAACGACGAAGAACCCAGUUCGGUGGACUGCAUGCACGAAUCCUAUGGAAACUCUCUGCCACUGCAUACUGUUGGAGUUGAAGGUGAUCAUGUUGCACUGGAGAGUGAUGAUCCGUCUAGAACAUCCUGUGGCAUUCUGAGUAUUGAAGAUGUUUCUCCAAUUGAAACAGCUAGAGCAAGGUUUCUGGAUGUUAUUGUGGACCAUUUUCUCAGGGAGCAUGUCAUUGAGGUGCAAGAUUAUAUGGAUUCAGAUUUUAAUAACCAAUCUGGGCAGGACAAGCUAAGCAAGCGAAAGUCAAAAGAAACACAGUAUGAAGGUGACUCAAGGUUUGUCUUACCCUUGAUGUAUGUGGCUAAUUUAUAUGAGACAUUGGUACAUGAUGUGAAUAUGCGGCUAUCCUCAUUGAAUGGUACACGUGAGAAGAAUAUUGGUGUCGCUCUUGAGGCAGCAGGUGGUUUGUACAGAAAGCUUGCAAAAAAGUUUCCAAGAAAAGGACCUUGUUCCUUCAAAAGAAGGGAACUUGCAACUUCCCUUGAAACAAGAACAAGAUUUCCAGAGCUAGUGAUACAAGAAGAAAAGCGUGUACGUUUUGUUGUUGUUAAUGGUUUGGAAAUAGUUGAAAAACCAGAUAAUAUGUCAGCAGAGAAUGCUGAAUGGUUUAAAUGCUUGACUGGUCGGCAUGAAGUUGCUGUAUCAGCAAGAGACUAUAAGUUUUAUUCACCUAGGCACAAAUACAGACGUGUGGCAUCCCCUUCCAUUUCCAGCAUUCACGGUCUCCAAGCAUUCCCGAGUAUUGAACAUUCUCCUUCCCUUUCAAAUGCCCCUGACAUCCGGCCUCCUCUGCAGCAUCAGCAGGAUCCUCAAGCCAAACAUCAUUUGCCAUCUUUGAUGCAUGAACCACAGGUUCAUUCUGUGCAUCAACUGCAACACCAAUCUAUUCACCAAAACCAGCAGGUACCACACUUGUCGCAUCCAUCUCAUGCACAACAGUGUGCCCAUGCUUCUCAUGUAUCAGAUAUAUCUCAUACACAUCAAUCACCAAGCGUCUCUCAUCAAAUGUCCUGCCUCCAACCUUUACCUGGAGCUCAUGUUGCAGGGCGCCUACAUGUCUUGUCAACUACUCCAGCAAAGUUUUGUGAUGAAUGUGGAGCUCCUUAUUUACGUGAGACCUCAAAAUUUUGCUCAGAAUGUGGUGUUAAGCGGCUUGGCAUUUGAUUGGUACAUAGGUUUGUUGCAUUUACUGAGUACCAUACCAUGCAGCACACCCUAUUUUUUGAAUGGGAUCGGCAUUGCUACCUAAGCGAAAAUUUAUGGUACAAAUGGUCAUGAGCCAUGCUCACCGUCAAAAGAGAAAGGACAAAGGAUUUUGUUCUUUAAAUUCUGAUUCUUGGGUUAUGGGAGGUCCCUUGCUGCAUCCUGCUGAUAACGUGGAUGGUCACUCAAUCUCAUUCCGGGCCUAACGAAGGGUUUUAUGUAGCAAUUAGCUGAUACCAUGGAAGAAGUCUCAUGACUCUCAUCCCUGCACUAACAGAGGGUCUUGAACUUAACGCAAAAGUGCAUGAGUUUAGAAGAUGGCUGCUGCUUUUGUUUUUUAUUUCUGGAAUGAUUCCCUUUUAGAUGCCAGAUCCGUAUAAUUUUUUUUUGUCUUGUGAUGUAAACAGUGGCCUCAGAUCGUACACAUGGAACAAUUGUAUAAUACAUCAAGUUUUUAAGUAAUUCUUUUACUGAUUGGCAUCAACUUUUA